AUGAAUUGGCAGAGAGAUAACGGCAAAGACUUGAACACUAGCUUUCGAAAGAAGAUCAAAAUUCCUGAAAACCAACUCUGUUUUCAAUCCUCUGUUUCUUCAUCCCACCAAACUCUGUUACCACCCUCUGUUCCUUAUAAUGCUCCCACACACAUAGCAUUUUCUCCUACAUCUUCUUCUACUUCUCCUUCGUCGAUGGUCGUUUUUCCUUUUGCUUUAGAUGGAACUCAGCAACCCACGGAAUGUUCACAUCAAUUAAUAUCAAACAACACGCCUCUGUUUCGGCCGCUGCAUCAAAAUCAGCAGCAAAUGAUCUCCUUUACCGCUCAACACCCACAAUAUUUUUCAAGGGAAUUGGGACCAUUCCAGCAUCAGCUGCAGCAUUGUAAUGAAACACUGAAUUUAAGUCCAAGAGGGAGGACUACAAUGUUGAAUAAGUCGGGACAGAGUAACAGGGUUCCCCUGUUUAGUCCUCUGUUACAGCAUCCUUAUUCAACGACGAAACUGUACAGAGGAGUAAGGCAGAGGCAUUGGGGUAAAUGGGUAGCUGAGAUUCGUCUUCCUCGUAAAAGGACUCGUCUUUGGCUUGGUACUUUUGAUACUGCUGAAGAUGCAGCCAUGGCUUAUGAUCGCGAGGCCUAUAAGUUACGAGGAGAGAAUGCGAAGCUCAAUUUUCCCGAGCUCUUCCUUGAUAAAAACAAAGCAGCAUCACCAGAGAAUCUUCAGUUGAAACAACCUCAACAGCCACCAUCUGAAUGUGGCAAUUUUGAAGAGGAAACAGGAUCAAGUGAGGUUAUAGCUAUUGAUGGAGUUCAAGGGAAUGUGGAGAAUUGGGGUGCAACAUUAUCUGAUUUUGAGGCUUGGUUAAAUGCAAUACCAGUAGGUUGGGGUCCAGGAAGUCCAGUUUGGGAUGAUUUGGAUACUAACAAUAAUCUCAUCUUGCCCCAAACUAUAAAUUUUGGAGAUGUUCAUCAGCAGAAACCUCAUAAUUCUGAUCUUCAAGGCACGAUGAAACCCGCAGAGGAACACGUUGGCUUAGAAUUAGACCUUCUGUAGACGGAACAUCAAACUUCUUGAUAGGCCUGAGAAAUUUUGGAGAUCCUUUUGAAUUCUCCAAUUUGUCUUUCCUUCUUACACCUGAAACAAUAUCUGCAGAAUGGCUGCAUAUUUUUUGCCUUUUUUGCAGAGGUAAAUUUCACUAGUUAGCUUUUACAUCUAGGACUGUAGCCAGUAUCAAUACUAUCAUGACUAUCUAGUUAUGUUGUUUUACUGUAUUUUUGGCUGUUUAAUUACUAGCUUUUGCUCUAGUUGUUUAUA